AUGGCCUCGUCGACAGCCGGCAACAUCGUAGUCGAGUGGUUGCGUUCGCUCCACCUGGGCCAAUACGCGGAGAGCUUUAUUGACAACGGAUACGACGAUUUGGAAAUAUGUAAACAGGUCGGUGAACCCGAUCUCGACGCCAUCGGUGUCCUCAAUCCAGCUCACCGUCAACGGCUGCUGCACUCUGUGAGAAUUCUUAGAGAAGAGGGUGCAGCAGCCGUGUACUUUACGUUAGAGGAGGCCGCGGCCGCCCAAAACUCUUGCCGGUGCGAGGAAGAAACUCGCAAAGAACAAGCGACCGUAGCAGUAGAACCGACUAAAUAUGCCGAUGAGUAUGAGGAGGGAAAAGCCGAGCUGGUGAAAAUACCGCGAAUUCAACUAAAACGCCUGCUUCGGGAACGUCUGGCUCAAGACGGCAUCCGUCUGAGUCUGCAGCCAUACUCAACCACGGAUGGAGAUCGUGGCUACCUAGAAGGCUUGGCGUCACGCUAUGCGGACUUGUUCUCUACACACUACGGUGACGUUUUGGACCAUCUUGAAGAACUACGAAGACAUGAAUGGGAUGAAAUGUCUCCAAGAAUGAGAGUUCUUGGAGGUACUGGUACUCCACAGACACCUCCUUCAGCAAGUCCCGGAACGUUAGCCUUGACCAACUUGACAACAUCCCACUCUCAACCGAUUUAUGUGCCUGGUAAAUAUUCGCCUUCAAGCUGUCUAACUGACAAGGAAGAGGAUGAGAUAUAUGGAUUUGGAUACGGCGUGUUCGGUAAACAAAUGUUGCAGAGGCAGCAACAACAGAAGCAGCUCCUACUAGCGCAGCCCACGCAGCCUUUGAUGCACAACCAACAACACAAUUAUCAGAGCUGUCUCAGCCCCCGCUCUGCGUACUUUUACGAGUUCCCUCCUAGCGACAAUUGUCUUGGCACGGCUAAGAAGAAGGUGACAACAUUUUCAAGACUAUUACGUGGAUUAAAAUCUCAUAGAAAAGAGAAGCAUGGUUCCUGUUCGCCAAAACAUUCUCACAGUCCACGACAAACACUGCCACCACAGAGGGUUGACACACCGGACAGCGUGCUUCAAAGUGGCUUGGGUCUCGGCCCUGGCCCAGAUACGGCUCUGAGGUCCAUGGUUGACCCAAGAGACUAUGAUCGCCUCCGCUUCUUUCAAAUGAAUGCCGCCCAACCAAACACCUUCGAAGAAACGAUACAUAGGUUAAAAGUUCAGGAAGCUAUGAAGAAAAAAGAUAAAUUAGCGAGGGAACAAGAAGAGAUUUUACGAGAUAUUAGACACGGUCUUAUGAACAUGGGUCGAGACGGGGUUCGCGGCCCGUUCGGAGACGACACGUAUAUGUAUGAUGACGAAGCAAGAGGUCUCUCUGGAAGAGGUCAUUGGUACGAUGAACCACCAUAUGAAAGUGAUCCUGAAGAUUUUCUCAUGGGAAGCGGAGCGCCGGCAGCUUCUUUUCAAAAUGGGCGUGUUUGUUUUACAUUAAAUCUAAGAAAUGAGCCUAGAGGCGAAGGAGUCAUAUCAUUGAGAACCGCUGGCGAUAUAAGUUUAGCGAGAGCCCCUCGGAGAGGAUUAAUAAUUCCACAAAGCGGCCCCUACCCAACCACUGUGAUACCCUUGCGAACUGCGAGAGAUAGGGAAAGCGGGGAUUACGCUGCGUCCGAUAUACAAUCUAUAGGCUCGCGGUUGUCUGCCAUAUCGCUAGAAUCAAGCCGAUCGGAACGAGACUGCAGAAGAGGUUACAGGCAAAUGUCAGGCUAUCGGAUAGGCAUCGAUCCCUUAUCACCGGCGUCGUCGGAUUAUGAAGAUCAAGAAAGCGAAACAGACUCACAACAUAUAGCAACUGUUCAUAAGUCAGCCGAAGAAUGUGAAGGAGUUUCAAAUUUAGCGGGCAAAGUAAGAGGUCUCCGGCAAGAUGUUCAAAGAAAAAUAUCCAGAUUAAGACAGGAAAGAGGGCCAGACGUUCCCUCCGACCGACGUACAAGUGGCGAUCAAGCGUUUCCAUGUUCUAAUAGUUCUUUUGAGAGUCUUCCCAGCGGCUCAGGCAGUAGCACGCAGGCAUUGGUUCGUGCCGGUAGUAAUCAUUCGUCUCUCUCGGCAGAAGAAAACAUAGAAUUAAGUCCAGCGGGGCGGAGUCUGCUUGUACCGCAAAUGCUGUGCCGCGCUCGAGCACUCGUGGAUUACAUCCCCAACAUUUAUGAGAAAGAUGCCUUGAGAUACAAGAAAGGAGAUAUUAUAGAAGUAAUCAAUAUGAACGCUUCCGGCAUUUGGCGUGGUGUUCUCAACAACAAAGUUGGAAAUUUCAAAUUUGCUAAUGUAGAGGUGCUUUCUGAAAGAGAUACUAUGAGAUCAAGAUCAUCAAAAUGGUGUAAAAGUCGUGAAAGGCUUUGGGAAACAAGACCAAGAACAGUUGAAGAACUGUUAAGAAGAAUAGAUUUACCAGAAUAUAUGGUUGCGUUUUCAAGAAACGGCUAUGAAGACAUUGAACUUUUCAAAGAAAUUGAACCUUCUGAUUUAGACUAUUUGGGAAUCAUGACUCCUGAUCAUCGCACGCGUAUACUUGCCGCAGUACAAUUGCUGCACCAGCUUGAAUGUGGCGAAGGAGAAGGUGAAGGCGAGGGCGGUGGUUCCAGUUCUGAAGGGGGUGAUUCCCCUUUUGGCCGACGUCAAUUUCCCCGCGAUUCUGGCUGCUAUGAGGCUGGAGUAGGUGUAGGUGCAGUUCGAGUGCGUACAUCUCCACUCGUUCAUAGAACUGACGAACCAUCUCAUAGGCCUCCAGAGCCAGCUCCUCAAGCGAAACGCUCUAUCCGUCGACGACAGCCCGACGACGCGGAAUGCGACAGAAUCGAGCGUUACCCUGGGACGCUUGGAGAAAAGACCAGCGUACGUACUGGAGGUCUACCGGGAGGAGCGAGAGAUGAUACCUGUGAAUCUGACCAUAAAUUGAAUGUCGUUAAAUUCGUAGCCGGAGGGGAGCCUUGUGCGUCCGAAAAGAGCAGUGAUUCCGGUGUGAGUAGUUCAUCUUUAAGCUCAGCCCAUCCCCAUCGUCCC